AUUGUCAGACCUCCCUGAUUUGAAUUGCAGAAAGUCACUUGGAUUGGUCCAGUGAAAUUCCGUACGAGUAACUGCACAAAAGGAGCUUCUAAACUGGCUCAAAUGCUUAAUCAACUAAGUCAAAGCAACUGCAACAUAACUGUUGUUGGGAAUAAGGCAUGUGAAGCAAUGGUGAAGGAAUCAAAUUCCACCUUUAAUUUCACUAUGAUUAAGGAUGCUUCAGUUGUGUGGGAGUUUCUCAAAGGAAGAAAACUUCCAGGGGUCAUGGCCUUAGAUAGGGCAUACCCAUUUGAUAUUGAUUGGAGUGAUGCCUAUUCUGAUCCAGCUCAACCUUUGGUAGUUGAUAUUGGAAGUGGUAAUGGAAUGUUCCUUUUGGGGAUGGCAAAAACAAGGAAGGAUUUGAAUUUUCUUGGUUUGGAGAUUAAUAAAAAGGUUUCCAGGAUGUGGAAAUUUUGUAUUCUUUUUGCCUAUUCUUAUCCUUUAUUACUGACAGUUUUACAGCUUUUUUCAGCUUGUAAAACGUUGCCUGGACUCUGUUCACUGGUGUGGGAUAAGAAAUGGGUAAGGGUUGUAGCCUUGGUGCUGCAAAAAAAUUAUGGCCUUGUGAAUUUGCUUGUCUAACUGACUUUUGCAUGAACUUUAAUGACCUGUGUCUGCAAUGUGCAU